CGCGUGUUCGUCCGUGAAGGGAAAUCAAUUUUGGGCGCGUUGAACCCCCCUUGAGUCGCCCGAUCGCAGGCAACAAACGCACUAAUGACAUUAAACGAAUCUUAUUUCGUUCUUUUUCAGUCUACCCGGCGGACCGUCAUGUACAUCUCUUCUCGGUUCGCACGUCGUUUCGGCUUCGAGUUAGACAACGCUACGCGAGACGCCGUUUAGUAUUAAAAAUACGACGCGUUAGAUAUCCGUCCCGAGUGAGACAGGACACUUCUCUGAUGACGAUCAAAUACGCGUGAUGUUUAUGUUUUUCCUUGCGCAGGAAGGGAGGGGACGGUUGGAAGGGCAAAGAAUAGAAAAUCCUGUGUUUUGUAUUUGACCGAGAUUCUUUGUUGUACGACUCGUCGUCUCUCUGUCGAAAAUACAGAAAAAGACCGUUUCCGGAAGCGUUUGAUUCACGAGUCAUGUCGUCAGGAGCAGGUUCUAGUGGAACUGGGCGAGGUCGUGGUUCCUCCUUGGCAGACAAUAAACCAGACAGUAAAGAAGCUAAGCCAAAUCCAAAGAUGUCGAAAGCUUUAGGAACGUCUGCUAAGAGGAUACAGAAAGAACUGGCAGAAAUUACGCUAGAUCCACCUCCCAAUUGCAGUGCAGGACCAAAAGGUGAUAACUUGUAUGAAUGGGUUUCUACCAUAUUGGGUCCUCCAGGUUCGGUUUAUGAGGGUGGUGUAUUCUUUCUUGAUAUACAUUUCUCGCCAGAAUAUCCUUUUAAACCUCCUAAGGUUACAUUCCGAACACGCAUCUACCAUUGCAAUAUAAAUAGUCAAGGAGUUAUUUGCUUGGACAUCUUAAAGGAUAAUUGGUCUCCUGCGUUGACAAUUUCAAAAGUCUUACUGUCAAUAUGUUCCCUUUUAACAGACUGCAAUCCAGCUGAUCCACUGGUAGGUAGUAUAGCCACGCAAUACCUACAAAAUAGAGAAGAACACGAUCGCAUAGCGCGGCUUUGGACCAAGCGUUAUGCUACAUGAGCAUAUUCUUUAUUCAUAUUAAACUCCUAUUAGUCUCAUGCCAACUUAUGAUCAUUGCUGCUCUCAUACAACUUGUCUCAUAUGUAGCCUGUACACAUCCUUAUGAUCAUGUUGGUCAAAAAACACAAAUGAGCAAAGACCGUUUGAGAUCAGCUCAAACAUGAUUGUGAUGUGCUUUUAUGUAGAGUAUGUAAUGUGCCUAAGGACGGAUGAAUGUGCGUGCAAGUGUUUAAAUAGUGUGCUAGGGCAUAACGAGACAGGAGUUUUUCACUUAAAAGUUACAAUGAGAUAGUAUUUAAAUGGAUUGUAUUGUUUACAAAAACAAUACCACGCACAAUGCUGCUAAUGUUUCUAGAAUAGGAGAUAACAUGAACAAUAUUGGUAAUCUAAACUGUAAGUAAUUAAUAGAUAUAUAGGCAAUAAGACGUAAACGUAGAGGCCCAUUUUUCCAUAAUUGAAUUCCCAUAUUUUUAUAUUGAAUUGUCUUAAAUUUAAAUUAUUAUGUUCAUACAUGUGACGCCUGACUCAAAAUACAGGCUAAUAGCAUGUAACUAUAAUUUAGCUAUGCUGCAAAACUAUCGCAUACAAUUUUGUGUUCAUAAUACAGUAAUUGUAAUGUUCUGCAUGAAGCAGACAUUAAGAUUAUACUUGCGUAUCAGACAUAAUUCAGUUGUCUGGGCCCACUCGCAAAAAUAUAUUGUAAUUGUAAAUAAAUAUUAUUUACUGUAUACUUAUACACUGGUACAUUCAAAAAAUCUUAUAAUUCUGACCUGGAUUUAUAUUCUGUCUAUACCAUAUACGUGUAUGUAUAAUUGAUGUUUUAAUGAUUGCAUUGAUAAUUCUGAUUCACUAAUUCUGAUUAGCAAUUUCGUAUCCUUUUUUAUACUAGAUGAUCCGAAAUUCACGAAUUUGGAGUACAGGGCACGAUAUUUUAUGCUGAAACAAACAAGUAAAAUUUUUAGUAAAAUUGCGUCUGAUAAAUAAUUUUUGCGCUUAUUUGUUAACUUCAAUCUGCUCUCCUGCAAAAACUAUUGUACACAAUUUUGCUAAAGGAAAAAGUUGAAAAUAUUAUGUCCUAUAUUUCGGAUCACUCUAUAUAUUAUAGCUUAAUUUUUAACAUAAGUAGAGAAAGAAAAUUUUAAUAAUUGGCGCUAACCAAUGUUGCUGCAAUCCAGCAACGUUCUUAGACUUUUUAUCUUGUAUUAUUUUUAUCUUGUAUCUGAAGGGAUACUUACAUAUCAAUUUUGUUGCAUACUUGAACUCUAAAGUCCGAGCAUGCUAGAGAUAUUUUCACUGUCUUCAAUGUGUCAGGUAUAUGUAUGUCUCCUGAAUAAUUUCUCGUAGUUUUUUAUAUCAUAUGAAAAUUAGAUCAACAAGGUGAUUAAAAUCACUUUGUACAUAUCUGUUCUAAAAUAUAGAUAGUUGCUUAAAAAUAUCGGGUAGUGUGAGUGUAAUUAUAGUUCAAUGAAAAAAAAAAAUGAUGAAGCAAAGGAGAGAGUUUGCUCGACGAAUAUUGAUAUUGUACAGUUUAUUGUGUAAAAUGUAAACACUCUUUGCAUCCUUUUCGUCGCGAAAUUCGAGGAAUGUAAAUAUUGCGUGAAAUGCAUGUGCAAAAUAUGCGAAUCGCGUAAGUUCCUAUUAUAACAAAAAUUGAAUAAUUUUUAAUUUAGUCGGCGAACUUUGGCUUUUUAUACUUUGUAAGCCAAUAUGCAGUUUUACAACUUUAUGAAUUAAAAUGGAAAAUAAGUCUUGAUCCUGCCUCGGGAUUGUAAAUAGAUCAUUAUGCAUAAGAUAAUACAUAUAUAUGCCCGCGUGCACUUGAAAAUUAUCAGAAUAUUAAAGAAAUAUGGAUUUCUCGUUAUUUCUAAAAAUGUCGUUAUAUAUUAA